GCCAUCAACCAUGAAGUGUCACCCAGAAGAAUCGCAGAAUCUGGGGCAUAUUCGACAAUCCACGCCUACGUGGAAGCUGCGCUAAUCUCGACUAUGAGCUGAUAUCGCUUUGGGCUCUAUCAAUUGACCUCGACGUCUUCUCAACGACCAAUUAUCCUCGGCCGCGCUCUGCAGGAUGCCGCCGAAAUCUAGAUUCACAAGGCUAGAUGCCUUCACAAAGACGGUGGAUGAGGCGCGAGUACGCACCACCAGCGGAGGCAUUGUUACAAUUGCUUCGCUCCUCAUAGUAAUCUAUCUCGCUUUUGGAGAAUGGGCGGACUAUCGCCGUAUUGUCGUCCACCCGGAGUUGGUGGUGGACAAGAGCAGAGGAGAGAAGAUGGAGAUCUGGAUGAACAUUACAUUCCCAUACGUCCCGUGCGAGCUUCUUACGCUUGAUGUGAUGGAUGUGUCGGGCGAGAUGCAGACGGGUGUUAAGCAUGGAGUCAGCAAAGUCCGCUUGAACUCCCCCGAUGCGGGUGGCGGAGCUAUCGAUGUGAAGGCACUUGACCUGCACUCGACCGAAGAAAAAGCCGCGCACUUGGAUCCCUCAUACUGUGGCCAGUGUUACGGCGCUACCCCUCCACCGAACGCACAGAAAGCAGGAUGUUGUAACACCUGCGACGAAGUACGAGAUGCCUACGCGUCUGUUUCCUGGGCAUUUGGCCGAGGCGAAAACGUCGAGCAGUGCGAGCGCGAACACUAUAGCGAAAGGCUGGAUGAGCAGCGCAAGGAAGGUUGCCGCAUCGAAGGUGGAGUGCGGGUAAACAAGGUCAUUGGCAAUUUCCAUAUCGCCCCAGGACGCAGUUACAGCAAUGGCAACAUGCAUGUCCACGAUUUGGCCAAUUACUGGGAUACUCCGAGUCUGGAGCGCGGACACUCUUUCGCGCAUACCAUCCACCAUGUGCGCUUUGGCCCUCAACUACCUGAAGGGCUUUCAAAGAAGUUUGGUGGUAAGAACCAGCCAUGGACCAACCACCAUCUCAAUCCUCUUGACGGCACACAACAGCAUACGCGUGACCCUGCCUUCAACUAUAUGUAUUUCGUUAAGGUCGUCUCAACCUCCUACCUCCCCCUCGGAUGGAACAGCAAAAGUGCAGCUAAAACCCAGAUUAACGAGGAGAACAUUGGGCUUGGAGCCUAUGGCCAUGCUAUGGAUGGAAGUGUCGAGACUCAUCAGUAUUCUGUAACUAGCCAUAAGAGAAGUCUUAGCGGUGGAGAUGACGGCGCCGAGGGUCACAAAGAGCGCCUGCAUUCUCGUACUGGUAUCCCAGGCGUUUUCUUCUCAUACGAUAUCUCGCCUAUGAAGGUUAUCAACAGGGAGGAGCGUACUAAGACUCUAUCCGGUUUCAUUACCGGCUUAUGUGCGAUUGUUGGUGGUACUCUGACCGUGGCUGCGGCCGUGGAUCGCGGUUUAUAUGAGGGAGUUUCGCGGAUUAAGAAGUUACAAGCGAAGACACUCUGAAAAAGUGGCGGGUUUUUGGAAACGUGCCUGUCAUAUUAUGGAGCAUACGGCGAGGAGUUUAUAGUAGAGGUGAUAGGAAUUGGCUUUAUCAAUCAAUCUUUUAAGGUUAUUAACCAUGGAGAUGCCCUUGUGUUGUAUCUGUGUCAUUGGAUCACAAGCAGAGGAUACUCCAUCCACAAUGCACAACUGUAAUCGAAUUAACUACAAAGCCAAAUAAUAGAUAUGC